GUAUGAAUUCGCCUUGGUUCAGUUGGAAGAUCCGGAUAAUUGUAAAAAGUUUAGAACAAAACGACCGAACUCUAUCUUGUUCAAAAGCAACAAAAUCAAAAUCCAGGAUUUCAAUACUCCAAAUAUCUUGAAAAGAAAGAGGAUUAAGGAGCAAUUUAAUCGGUCUUCUCUCUUUCCCUUUAAUAACAGGCUGAGGAGUAAAUGACGUGUCGACAAAAAAAUAAAAAAUCGACUUUUGAUCAGAAGAGAUAAGCAGCCUUGUCACAACUAUACUAGUUGCCAUAUAUUAAAGUCGUUAAGUUAAUUACCUAAUAAAAUAGAAGUCUUAAAAAGCAGGAUGUCAGAAAAACUCGAUGUGAUAAUUUUUGGAGCUUCAGGCUUUACCGGAAAAUAUACCGUUUUUGAAGCUGUUACUGUGCUCCAAAACUAUCGGUGGGGUAUUGCUGGUCGUAGUCGUGAGAAGUUGGAAAUUGUGCUUAAGGAUAUGGGUGCGAAAGCGCAAAAAAACUUAAAGGAUAUACCAAUAAUAAUUGCAGAUGUAGAGAAUGAAGCCUCCCUGCUAGCAAUGGCCAACAGGUGCCGAGUUUUGGUAAAUUGCUGCGGACCAUAUCGCUUCUUUGGUGAGCCGGUAGUGCGCGCCUGUCUUGAAGCUGGCACUCACCACGUGGAUGUUAGCGGAGAGCCACAAUACAUGGAAACAAUGCAAUUGAAAUACAACAAACAAGCACAGGAGCGCAAAGUGUAUAUUAUUUCUGCUUGUGGAUUUGAUUCAAUACCGGCGGAUAUCGGCAUCAUUUUUAUAGAAAAAAACUUUGAUGGGGUAGUAAAUUCAGUUGAGUGCUAUCUUCGGAGCUAUUCCAAGGGAGAAUCUACUGGAGGCGCGCGGAUCCAUUAUGGUACUUGGGAAAGCGCUGUUUACGGCUUAGCACAUUCAAACGAACUACAGGCAAUACGCUCCAAAUUGUACAGCGAGAAACUACCCAAAUUUCAUCCUGUUUUAAAACACCGUCCGCUGAUUUUCCGCUCAGAAAUUGUUAAUAACAUUUGUCUACCAUUUCCUGGAUCGGAUCGUUCAGUUGUUAUGCGUUCACAGCGUUUCCUUUAUGAGCAUGACCAUAAACGUCCAGUUCAAAUGCACGCUUAUGUAACUUUUAAAUCUUGGAUAACGGCAGUUUUAGUUUCUUUGCUUGCAGUCUCAUUUGGUUUAUUAACAAAAUUUUCUUUCGGUCGCCAGUUAUUGCUUAAGUAUCCAAAAUUCUUCUCAUUAGGGUUCGCUUCGCGCGAGGGUCCAUCAGAAGCAAACAUGGAGCGUACCCAUUUUUCAUUUAUCAUGAGAGCAAAUGGUUGGUCGAAUUCGGAUCGAUUGGUUGAACCUACUGACCAAUACGCAGACCCUCCUUCUAAAACUUUGACAGUCAAAGUAUCAGGUACAAAUCCAGGUUAUGGAGCAACCUGUGUUGCUUUACUUAGUACUGCUGUAACCAUAUUGAAAGAAAGUGAAAAAAUGCCUGGGUCUGGUGGGGUUUUGCCACCAGGAGCUGCUUUUGCAAAAACAAGUUUAAUAUCUGAAUUGGAAAAGUAUGAGCAUGGUAUUAAGUUUGAAAUUUUAGCUAACAAGUAAAAAUAUUUAAAACAAAACAAGAAUACGGCAAAUUUUUCGUUAUGUUAGAUUUUAACCAAUGUUAUUUUAAAAUAUUUUUUAUACUUUUUGCUACUUUAAACUAAUAUAAAUAUUCACGUUUGUUAUCAAUUAAAUUAACUCUAUUUAACAAGAAAAUAAAGCAAAAACUAACUAAUGAAACACAA